UUUGCGCGAAACAAAAACAUAUUAUAGAUCAACACUGCACAUUGACCAUAGUAAAAUAGAAAUGACAGUUUGGUUGGUUCGGCAUUGAUGUCAAUUGAUGUUACGUUUGACAGUAUGUGGCCAAUUUUGAUGCAGUUCCUAAGGACCAACGCUCCGUACAUAACCCUACCCAUUGCUGCAGUUGUGGGCAUCAUUGGGUACAACCUUGAGAGCCUGUUGUCUGACAGAUAUACACCAUACAACAAGCCUGUUCAAGAUCAAAGAUUCGAAAGAAUGACAGAGGAAGACAGUUUGAAAGAUCCAACAAAUGUGAAAAAGCUGAAAUAUCAAGAGAAUGUCCUCGGCAAAAAUAUACCUCCUUCAUUAGAGAAGCAUUAGAUAUUAAAUCAGGAGAGAGAAGAGUAGAACAAGUUGUGUGUGAGAGGAUGUACUGGUGUUUGACUCAGAUCUUGCAUAACUUAAAACUCUUUGCUUAACCACUGUGACUAGAUUUAUUGUCAUUACAACAGGGGUUUUUGCAUACAUAAUUAAUUAAAUUAAAUUAUUAUUUCCUUAAGCUCAAUUAAAAUAAAUUAAAAAAGUAACAAACUCCUUUUUACAUUUGACAAAUGUAUACAGCUAUACCAGAUACCAGUCUAGUCUUGUGAAGGCAAAU